UGGACUGAACCGAUAUGAGACGUUUGGCUCGGCCAUCAAGAAACGUGUUAAUGGAUUUCGGUGCUUGGCGGCGCCUAUGUUCCCUACUUAUUCAAAUCACCAUUUCAGAGUUCAUCUGGAGCUCGAGAAACAUGCAUUUAUGGAGGAAGAUGAGGAGGGUUUGGAUCUCUGUUUCUCAAAGGCUUAAACCCCAUAAACCCACAGUCAAAGGUGGGAAAGAUGGCGAAGCCUGUAAUGCAAAUGGUUUGUUGAAGCUUGAAGAUGAUGUAAUGAUGUGUGGAUAUGAAGACGUACAGGUGAUGUGGAAAUUAUUGAAUUCGCCGCAAAUGGAACGAAUCGGAGCAGCAGCAGCUGCCGCCGCAACAACUACAACAGUGUCUCCGUUGUCGCGUCGGAAACAUUGGUCAUCUUCUUGGAUGGCUAUCAUUUGGCCUAACCACAGAAAUACUAGCUCACCAUCUUCAUCUCCGUCUUCAUUCGGUUGGGUUAAAUCCAGUUAA